AACACAAGCGUGUAUAUUUGAAUGCAGCCGAACACAAAUAGUGUAUAUUAUUGCAUCAAAAUCAGAGUAAUAUGAAUACGCGAAGAGAAAUAAUCUUAAUGAAUAUUUGGAUUCAGUGAACUUUGGUCAUUGCAUGUCUUUGAUUUUUAUUUUGUAAAUAAUGCAAUGGUCUUGCCACAGCGUGUGUUAAUCGAAUUGAGAGUCAAUGAAAUGUUGAAGAGAGGCGAGUCGAUAAAUCGAGUCAAACAUUAUUUGGGAGUGAAAGAGAGAAAGAGUCUCAAACGAAUGAGACACACAAUAGAAACCACAAUACACUCUUCAACCGUACAAUCGGUUGGUUGAAGCUAUUUUCUGGCUAUUUUUUUGUUCCAAAACGAUUUUUGACUUGAAAUGGCUUGAAACUUCGAAGUGCGUCCGAACAUCGUAUCAAUGGUGAAUCCUGAAUAUUGUUCAUGUUGAUCACAAUGUCAUCAGCUGAUAUUCACGUAACAUUCAAUGUCGGCUGUCAACGCAUACCUGUCACAUUGUCGAGCAAUUUUUUUUUAUUGAAAGUUAUCCAUGUGUGUACGGAUACAGUGUAUUAAUGUUGCAUUCUCGGUUUUACGAUUCGGAUUUGCGAAUUUUUUUUAAGUUAGAUUUUUUUCUUGGCAAACAUUAUACGGAAACAUUUUUAUCAAGUAUAAAUGACUUUUAUGUUGUGCAUAACGAUAUAACGUAACAUUGAUCCGAACAUAAACUUUUCGAAAAUGAAUUUUCAUCGUUAUUUAACGCCUGGAACAAAGUGAAUUUAUUCUAUUGGAAAAUAACGAUUUGAACCUAUAAGUGGAACAGAGACUGUGUGUGUGUGUGUGGAAUAUUUUAAGAAAGAGAAAUUUACGCAAUGACUUGUGGUGUAAAGGAAAUUGGCCUCUGGGUUAAAUUGAACAGACGAUUACUGGUCUUGGCUAAAGAACAUCGCAAUCGAUUUACACCAUUUGUACGGAAUUUUUCAUCGACCGGUAGCGAUACGACAAACACAAAUGAUACGCAACAAUCGACGACAAAAACAAAACGGCAUCCGAUCAAAGACAUUCCCGACGAUGAAAUUAAAAAGUCCGUGUUCAUCUCACAGUCACAUGAUAUUUUUACAAAUUUAGCAUUCGAAGACUGGAUGUAUCAGAAUUUCGAUUUCACCACUCAUCACGUUCUCAUGUUGUGGUCAAACGAUCCGUGCGUUGUUAUUGGACGACAUCAAAAUCCAUUUUCCGAAGCCAAUGUCACCCGAUUACGAACCAAUGGCAUCGAAUUGGCGAGACGAAACAGUGGCGGUGGCACAGUGUACCAUGAUCGUGGAAAUAUAAAUUUAACAUUUUUUACGCCACGCGAACGAUACAAUCGUAAUUACAAUUUGAAUAUAAUCACUCGUGCUUUGUUCCGUGAAUGGGAGAUAAAAGCAGACAUUUCACCACGCGAUGAUAUCACAUUGAACGGCAAUAAAAUAUCAGGCACGGCAGCAAAAUUGGGCCAAAAGAAUGCCUAUCAUCAUUGUACGUUACUGGUGAGUACGGAUAAAUCACGGCUCCGAGAUGCUUUAUGCAAAGAGAAUGUUCAGAUUGAAAGUCGUGCGACUGCAUCGGUGCGUUCGCCGGUUAAGAAUCUAAUCGAUGUCAAUUGUCAUGUAAAUGUAUCACAAUUGGAAACAGCCAUUGGUUACGAAUUUCUUCGAACGGCCGCAUCAACACUAGACGAUGGUGGUCGUGAUAUGAUUAUGAUUCAACGCGGUUUUCAACUAAUCAAUCCAACCGAAAAUUGGUUUCCUGGUUUAAAUAAGACCCGUGAUCAAUAUGCUUCGUGGGAUUGGCGUUUUGGAAAAACACCGAAAUUUUCGGCCCACAAAACCAUUCAAAUGAAAUGUAAUGGCAAAGAGCAAGAUGUACAAUUGAAAAUUACGGUAGAGGCUGGAAUUAUUCAACAGAUUGCACUUGUGUUGCCAAAUUGUGAAACAACCAUUCCCGUGAUAUCAACAUUCUGCGGGAAACCAUACGACGAAGAUAAUUUACUGCACAUCACAAACGCCACCAAAGGGAUUAGCCUUGACAAUUUCACCAAUGCCAUUGACCACAGUAUUUGAGCUGAAUCGAAUUGGAAUCAAUUGAUCAAACACUGUAAUAUUUCAGUUGAAUGAUGAUCGAUAUAUAGUUACCAACUAGUUACCAUUUAUUUAUUUCUACUUCUCUCACACAGAGAUGCCUUUUAAGCGUGCUAAAUUAUUUUAGUAUAGACAAUAUUGUAAAAAAAUUGAUUGAAAAAAAAAAACAUAGAAAAA